AUGACUAAGUUAGUUGCUAAAUCAUGCAAAGAUGAUCGGCAAAAGGCUAUGACUCAGUUAGUUGCUAAAUCAUGUGAAGAUGCUCGGCAAAAGUAUCCUAAAAGAAUUGAAAUUUAUGGAGAUAUUUUAGAGUUUCAUGUGAAAGUCAUUACACGAGACAAGAAAGUUGCUUCAAUAGUGGGAUCAAAUAAAACACAUUGCUUAGUGCUGUUGCAAGAUGAUCAUUGCUGGCGAUUGUUCGCUAAACAUGCAUUCCAAGAUGAUAGUCAUCAACCAAAUCCAGACUUCAAGGAGAUUGGUACGAAGAUAGUAGAAAAAUGUAAAGGACUGCCUCUGGCCUUGACAACAAUUGGAAGUCUAUUACACCAAAAAUCAUCUAUUUCAGAAUGGGAAGGCAUAUUCAAAAGCGAGAUAUGGGAAUUUUCAGAAGAGGACAGCUCUAUUGUCCCUGCUUUAGCACUAAGCUAUCACCACCUCCCUUCCCAUCUCAAGAGAUGUUUUGCUUAUUGUGUCUUAUUCCCCAAAGAUUACAGGUUUGACAAGGAGGGUUUAAUUCAGCUGUGGAUGGCGGAAAACUUUUUACAAUGUCAUCAACAGAGUCGGAGUCCAGAAGAAGUCGGUGAACAAUACUUCAACGAUCUUUUGUCAAGGUCCUUCUUUCAACAAUCAAGCAGCAUAAAGAGAACACAUUUUGUCAUGCAUGACCUUCUCAACGAUUUGGCAAAAUAUGUUUGUGGGGACAUCUAUUUCAGGUUGGAAGAUGAUCAAGCCAAAAAUAUACCAAAAACAACCCGUCAUUUUUCUGUUGCAACAUACAUGUUAAAUGCUUUGAUGGGUUUGGAACUUUAUACAAUGCAGAAAGGUUACGCACAUUUAUGUCAUCAAGUGAGAAAAUGAAGAUUCAUAACUACAAUCGUUGGCAUUGCAAGAUGUCAACAGAUGAAUUGUUCUCCAAGUUUAAGUUCUUACGUGUCUUAUCUCUGUCUGGUUAUUCUAGCCUAACAGAGGCUCCUGACAAAU